AUGCAAAUAAUUCAUGAUAUGGUUGGAAUUGGAAAUGAAUUGAAUCCGUUUUCGAAAGAUGGUAAAAUUUCACAAUUAUGGUCAAUUUUUUACGAAGUUCAAGAUUAUUUGCAUUUUGAUGACGAACAAGUCAUGGAGAUACUUAAAGAUCCACAGCAACGUCACUUUAUUCAAAAAAGAGUUUCAAAAUAUUGCUCCUUCUAUGUUGAAGUUUUUGAGAAAGGUCCACAUUAUCUUCACCAAAUGAAGUAUCAUUUAAUUGAAGUGUGGGUUCAAAUUUUAUCACUCAAAAAUGGAAUGAAUUUUAUUAAUGAAGGUCUUGGAAAGUAUCAUGUAACAGAUAAUUUAACAAGAGGAAGAAAUGGAGGAUUGGGAUCUGAUUCAAGAUGGGAUUUAAUAGCACAGCACAUUACAGAGGGGUUUUUAUUCAAAAAUUCAAAGCUGUGGUCAGAACUUCAAAAAGUGAUGAAGGCACGUUACAAAUACCGAUCAUCAAAAGCUGAAUUUGAUGCCAAAUUGAAUGAAUCUGAAAGUUUAUUAACACAUCACCCAUGA